UGGUAUUCCCUGUUAAAACGGCUGUUAAAACGGCUGACCCACGGCGAUGGUGCAGGAGAGCCCUGCGUGCCACUGCCCCGCUUCCUGUGCUGCUCUUUGUUAUGGCAGAUCCAUCCGUUUUAACAGGAAAAAAAAACAAAACCAACACAUGUUUUGAUUCAAGUCACGUGCCCAGCGCUCUGCACUCCCCUACAUGGAGGUUUACACGGUUGCACGGCUCGGUGAUCAGCAGCUUAACACCAGUGCUGGGGGGGACGGAUUGGUCCCCAUUGCUCAGUGGCCGUGCUGUGUGCAGGACGCUGCUGGGUCUGGUGUGAAUGGAGGGCAGUGGGCAGCAGCUUCAGCCCUGACCGCUUCAAGCUGAUGGUGCAGGCGGGGAGGAAGGCAAACCCCGUGCAGUGUUUGCUCUUCUCACUUUACUUCAGCUUCACAAAGAAGUGGGUGGGCCAGCUUGAAAAGAACCCAAAAACCUGGGAUGAUUUGCAAAGCAUAUGCUUCCUUGGAGGAGAAACGGGCUCAUCUGCACUCCAGAAUGUGGUGUUUGUUUUCCCAGCGAGGCCACUGCCAAUCCUGGUGGUUAACGUGUGCGGAGCAAUGUUGUGCUGUGCAGAAGUGUGUGAAUUUCCAGAAGGGAGUUAGGAAAACAAAGAACAUAUGUGUGCUGUGUGCUUGGCUUGGCGAAAAGCUGAACUCUGCCAUGCUCGAGAAGCCCAAAAGUGAGCAGAGGGCUGAGAGUAGCACACACAGUGCCUGUGUGGGGGUCUGCACCACGUCCAUGUGCCCCCAGCAGCCUCCUGUUGGGUAAUGCCACUGAUUUGGCACCGUCUGCCUACACUGAAAAUAGAUAGAGGCCAUGAGACAAAGGACACGGGGAAAUGUGCAACUAGAAGUUACUGUAUCACCAGCUGCUGGGCUCUUUGUGCACACUUCUAAAACCUGAUAAUUAUCCAGAGUUACGUGCCUGAGCAAACGAGGGAGCUGCCUGGGCAGCGGCGUGGCAGUGAGGCCUGUGCUGCACAAAGGCAGCGGCAGCUGCAGGAGGGGGAAAUUAAACCCUCCGGCGUUCGGAUGAAGCGCAUUUGCUUCCAAAUGACAGGACGUGAGAAGGGAGGGAAGGACGCGAGUUGUCAUGGGAUGUGACUGGGAAUGGUGAAUUAAUGAGGCUGUGGAAACGUGGGUCCCUGCCCUGACUUCUUGGGGUUGGCUCUGGGCGCCGUUUCUGGGCAUACAACUGCUCCACUUGGGGAUCUGGGGGCCCUGUGCCCACACCUCCCCGUCUCUGGAACAGAGGUUGUCCCUAAAGCAGGUCAGGCUCCACAGGGCUGCAUAGCCCGAUGCCAGGGAUCCGCAUCCCUUGAAUUCCUGCUCUGCUGUGGGCCCCUCUCCUGUCGGCGCUCAUCCAGCACAGCAGCUGCGGUGCCUCUGCGGCACGGUGCUAUCGGGGCUGUGCAGGGUUGAUAACCCCUUCCUGCAGCUAGCUGCUCUCUGCACCAUGUAUGGCCACCGAGCCCACACUGUGUGCCCAGAGCUGGCACCUGGCCCACCCGGCGCUGGGGGUGUCCCCUGCUCUGUGCCCCCAGUGCGUAGCAUGGUGCCACCUCUUUGCUUUGCCCCCAGGAGUGUCUCUACUGCUCCCCGAUGGAAACAAAGAUAGGUAGGGCUGCACUGCUGGCUGCUUGGGGACUGCCUGGCAGCAACGGGACACAAGCAAGCAGCGUGCUGUGGGGUUAGGGUCAGCGUCAGACGUACCUCAGCACUCCCAGUCCCUCGGAGGAGCCGCAUCCACAGAGCUGAGGCUGCAGCGGUGCUCAGGGUGCAGGAUCCCCAGUGUCCCUGUGGAGGUGUGGGAGCAGGAGCCCUGUGCAGCUCCUUGCUGUGCUCUGCACCUCCCAGCCCUGUAAGGGACGGGGACAAGCUCGUCUGUCACCAGGAGCCGGGGUUAUUCAUAGUACCUCCUUGCUGCUGCAGCCAUGGAGGCGGUGCUGAUCGUCCUGUGCUCCCUGCUGGUGUCGGCAGCUGCGGCGGAUGUGGGCACCCAAGAGAAGGAGGAAGACCCCUUUAACUAUGAUUACCAAAGCCUGCGGAUUGGUGGGCUGGUGUUUGCUGUGGUCCUGUUCACUGUCGGCAUCCUUCUCAUACUCAGCAGGAGGUGCAGGUGCAGUUUUCACCAGAAGCCCAGAGCUCCGGGGGAUGAAGAGGCUCAGGGUGAGAACCUGAUCACCUCAAAUGCAACGGGAGCGCAGAAAGCAGAGAACUUAAUGAGGUUUGCCUCCCAAUUACCAUGCUUUCCCCUGGGUGCCCACUCCCAGAGCCAGACGCCCGUUGGACGGCACGCCGGCGCGAUGGGGGACGAGCAAGCACCCGAGCAGGGCCCGGACAGGUUCACCUACGACUAUGAGACCAUCCGCCACGGGGGGCUGAUCUUCGCCAUCGUGGCUUUUGUGAUCGGGCUCCUCAUCAUCCUCAGCCGGCGGUUCCACUGCGGAGGGAAGAAGAAGAGGAGACAAGGAAAUGAGGAGGACCUGUAGCUGCAGAGUUGCUGUGGGAGGAGAGCUUCAUCCACAGCUGUGAAGUCCUUGCCAAGGGCCACCCCUUGCCCCGCUCCAAUGCAUCCAUUCAUUAUCCUGCUCACCCUGGGCAAGGCUGGGAUGCUAAUUGCCCUCGUGCUUUCCCCUCUGGUAGAUCCAGCGAGUGUUUCUUAGCUAAUAAAGUUCCAGCUGAGAGAGGUUAAA